GGGAAGAGAGCGGCCGACAAGUUUGGGCGCGCGCAGGCGGCGGGCCGCUGGCACCGUGCGCCCCGGGAGGGGCGGCCGCCGCUCCGGGCUUGGCGUCCCGGGCGCACUUUGGCUAUGGAUUCUCCCGUGCGAAGGCGGCUGCACCUUUGCUCCCGCCGCCUCCUGCUUCUCGCCUCCGGACUCCUUCUGCCUCUCUGCGGCGCCUUCAACCUAGAUGUGGACAGUCCUGCCGAGUACUCUGGCCCGGAGGGAAGUUACUUCGGCUUCGCGGUAGAUUUCUUCGUGCCCAGCGCGUCUUCUAGGAUGUUUCUUCUGGUGGGAGCUCCCAAAGCAAACACUACCCAGCCUGGAAUUGUAGAAGGAGGGCAAGUGCUCAAAUGUGACUGGUCUUCUAGCCGCCGGUGCCAACCAAUUGAAUUUGAUGCAACAGGCAACAGAGAUUAUGCCAAGGAUGAUCCAUUGGAAUUUAAAUCCCACCAGUGGUUUGGAGCAUCUGUGAGGUCAAAACAGGAUAAAAUUUUGGCCUGUGCUCCCUUGUACCACUGGAGGACUGAGCUGAAACAGGAGAGAGAGCCUGUUGGAACUUGCUUUCUUCAAGAUGGAACAAAGACUGUUGAGUAUGCUCCAUGCAGGUCAAAAAAUAUUGAUGCUGAUGGACAGGGAUUUUGUCAAGGAGGAUUCAGCAUUGAUUUUACUAAAGCUGACAGAGUACUUCUUGGUGGUCCUGGUAGUUUUUAUUGGCAAGGUCAGCUUAUCUCGGAUCAAGUGGCAGAAAUUGUAUCUAAGUAUGACCCCAACGUUUAUAGCAUCAAGUAUAAUAAUCAGUUAGCCACUCGGACUGCACAAGCAAUUUUUGAUGACAGUUAUUUGGGUUACUCAGUGGCUGUCGGAGAUUUCAACGGUGAUGGCAUAGAUGACUUUGUUUCGGGAGUUCCAAGAGCAGCAAGAACUCUGGGCAUGGUUUAUAUUUAUGAUGGGAAAAACAUGUCCUCCUUGCACAAUUUUACUGGUGAGCAGAUGGCUGCAUAUUUCGGAUUUUCUGUCGCUGCCACUGACAUUAAUGGGGAUGAUUAUGCAGAUGUGUUUAUUGGAGCACCACUUUUCAUGGAUCGAGGCUCUGAUGGCAAACUCCAAGAGGUGGGGCAGGUCUCCGUGUCUCUGCAGAAAGCUUCCGGAGAAUUCCAGACUACAAAACUGAAUGGGUUUGAGGUCUUUGCACGGUUUGGCAGUGCCAUAGCUCCUUUGGGAGAUCUGGACCAGGACGGCUUCAAUGAUAUUGCAAUUGCUGCUCCCUAUGGGGGUGAAGAUAAAAAAGGAAUUGUUUAUAUUUUCAAUGGAAGAUCAACGGGCUUGAACACAGUGCCAUCUCAGAUCCUCGAAGGGCAGUGGGCUGCACAGAGCAUGCCACCAAGCUUUGGCUAUUCCAUGAAGGGAGCCACAGACAUAGACAAGAAUGGAUAUCCAGACUUAAUUGUAGGAGCUUUUGGUGUAGAUCGAGCUGUGUUAUACAGGGCCAGACCUGUUAUCACCGUAAAUGCUGGCCUUGAAGUAUAUCCUAGCAUUUUAAAUCAAGACAAUAAAACCUGCCCAUUGCCUGGGACAGCUCUCAAAGUUUCCUGUUUUAAUGUCAGGUUCUGUUUAAAGGCAGAUGGCAAAGGAGCACUUCCAAGGAAACUUAACUUCCAGGUGGAGCUUCUUUUGGAUAAACUCAAGCAAAAGGGAGCAAUUCGGCGAGCACUGUUUCUCCAUAACAGGUCCCCGGGUCACUCCAAGAACAUGACAAUUUUUAGAGGGGGACAGAUGCAGUGUGAAGAGCUGAUAGCAUAUCUGCGGGAUGAAUCUGAAUUUAGAGACAAACUUACUCCAAUUACUAUUUUUAUGGAGUAUCGGUUGGAUUAUAGAACGGCCGCUGAUGCCACAGGCUUGCGUCCCAUCCUGAACCAGUUCACCCCUGCUAACCUCAGUCGACAGGCUCAUAUUCUACUUGACUGUGGUGAAGACAAUGUCUGUAAACCCAAACUAGAAGUUUCUGUAAAUAGUGAUCAAAAGAAGAUCUAUAUUGGAGACGACAACCCUCUCACAUUGAUUGUUAAGGCUCAGAAUCAAGGAGAAGGUGCCUAUGAAGCUGAGCUCAUCAUUUCCAUGCCACCUCAGGCUGAUUUCAUUGGGGUUGUCCGAAAUAGUGAAGACUUAGCAAGACUUUCCUGUGCAUUUAAGACAGAAAACCAAACCCGCCAAGUGGUAUGUGACCUGGGGAACCCAAUGAAGGCUGGAACUCAACUCUUAGCUGGUCUUCGAUUCAGUGUACACCAGCAAUCAGAGAUGGAUACUUCUGUAAAAUUUGAUUUACAAAUCCAAAGCUCUAAUCUUUUUGACAAAGUAAGCCCAGUUGUAUCUUACAGAGUUGACCUUGCUGUUAUAGCUGCUGUUGAGAUAAGAGGAGUCUCAAGUCCUGAUCAUAUCUUUCUUCCGAUUCCAAAUUGGGAGCACAAGGAGAACCCUGAGACUGAAGAAGAUGUUGGGCCAGUUGUUCAGCACAUUUAUGAGCUGAGAAACAAUGGUCCCAGUUCAUUCAGCAAAGCCAUGCUAAAUCUUCAGUGGCCUUAUAAAUAUAACAACAACACUUUGUUGUACAUCCUUCAUUAUGACAUCGAUGGGCCAAUGAACUGUACUUCAGAUAUGGAGAUCAACCCUUUGAGAAUCAAGAUCUCAUCUUUGCAAACAGCUGAGAAGAAUGACACAAUUGCUGGGCAAGGUGACCGGAACCAUCUCAUCACAAAGCGAGAUCUCGCCCUUAGUGAAGGAGAUGUUCACACUUUGGGUUGUGGAAUUGCUCAGUGCUUGAGGAUUGUCUGCCAGGUUGGACGACUAGACAGAGGCAAGAGUGCAAUCCUGUACGUAAAGUCUUUACUGUGGACUGAGACCUUUAUGAAUAAAGAAAACCAGAAUCAUUCGUAUUCUCUGAAGUCAUCUGCUUCAUUUAAUGUCAUAGAGUUUCCUUACAAAAACCUUCCAAUUGAGGAUAUCUUCAACUCCACAUUAGUUACCACUAAUGUCACCUGGGGCAUCCAGCCAGCCCCCAUGCCUGUGCCUGUGUGGGUGAUCAUUUUAGCAGUUCUGGCAGGAUUGCUGUUGCUGGCUGUCUUAGUUUUCGUAAUGUACAGGAUGGGCUUUUUUAAACGUGUUCGGCCACCUCAAGAAGAACAGGAAAGGGAACAGCUUCAACCUCAUGAAAAUGGUGAAGGAAACUCAGAAACUUAACUGUGAUUUUUGAAUACUGCAUCCUAGAUCACUAGAAUUACCAGCUUGAUUGUAGAGUUCAAUUUCCUUCAUGAGGAAUAAAAUUAUAAGACUUCUGCUGAAGGUACUCAGUGACUUCCGUCUAACCACAAAAUUGAGAGCAAUAUUUGUUGCCCUUCUCUUUAUAAAUAAGUUCAGACAGGUUCAUACACAUACAUUGCCCUAGAUAUUUAAAUAAUAAAAUUUCACGUGAUGGUUUUUAUUCAAUGUACAUAAGACAGGUAGUGCCUCACUUACUACUUUAUAUAAAAUAGUAUCUAUUACAAUUUUCAUUUCUGAUUUAGUAUUUUGGGUUUUGCUGCUUAUUGUUGUUGUUUUAAAGUAAUCUAAAUUUGGACCUUAGCAUUCACAUUUUUUUUUUGUACAGGUACUUAAUACAUAUUACACUACAGUUGACUUGUAAAGCUACUAAAAGCUUUGUAAUUACCUGAACUUGGAUUUUAAUAUCUGUUACAUAGUAGAACUUUUUAAAAAAUUUAUGAUACCACCAGAAUUAUUUCCUGGAAACUGGGUGUUUAGGUUUAGCUCAGUGGUUGCGCAUGUGCUUAGCAUAUAUGACCUUGAGUUCAAUCCCCAGCCCUGGGGAGAAGUUUUUUCUGUAAUAAUAACGGUACAAUGUUUUAAUAUGAAAAUUGGGUACAUGUGAUUAAUUUUUAUUUAUAUUUAAUCCGUAAUCUGUUUUAUUACUUUAAUUUGUAUAGUUUAAGUCCUACAAGAAAUCCUUUAAGCCAACCUAUAUAAAAAUGUAGUCUGUAUUCAAAAAUACCUUUUUGUGUAUGUAAUAGUGUAAUUUCAGCUCAAUAUCCUGAUGGUUAAAGCCAUACGAAGUUGGAAAUCAUUUCCAAAGCACAUCUAUCCCAUUGUUUUCAUCUGGCUAUUUACAAUACACUUAAAGAAAGCAUUUUAAUUGAAAGACUAUUACUUUAUUAAUAGUAUGUUCUUAGAUUAGAGUGGAGUCUUUAGUUAUUAAUUUAUUUUCCUCCUAUAUAUGUAUUUUUCCUUGUAUUUCUAAAAUUCUUGCAAUAACGGGUCAAGAUCAUUUUCAUUACAGACAGGAACCUGAGUCCCCAUUCCCACCCCAUGAGAAAUUCAUGAGAUCAAAACUCUUCAGGUAGCUCCAUGGUUUACUUCUAGCAGUAGCAUGACGCUACUCCCAUGGGUGGUUCCUCAGUUUAAUCAAGGUAAUGUGCAAAACCAGUCUCAGUUAUCAGAAUAACUACAAAAAGGUAUUUUUAUAAGCUGUUCAACUUAUUGAAAACCUUUUAAAGCUUUCUAAAGUUUUUUCUUUUUUAACAGAAAUUACUUUUUUAAUAAAAGCAGCAUAGGCAGCAAGUUGUAGUUUUAUAUGCCUGCAGCGUGGUGAAUCUUCUGGUGGAAUGUAUGAUUUAUUCACAGUUCCUCAAGGCCUAGGGAUGACUUUUAAUUAUCCCUAUUUUGUGCAAUUACAUCAUGUUGUACUCAAGAAAUUAAGACUUUAGUAGCUUUUUAACUGCUGUCCUCAUUAGGCAAUGAUAAAUGUUUCCCUUAAAUAAUUGACUAUUUUUUUCUGUAUUUUAAAAAUAAUUGCAAUUUAUCUUGCCAUAUUGUGUUAUAUAAGCACAAGUGAAUGAUCUGAACUGGAGAAUAUAUUCACAAAGUAGAACCACAUUUAGAUGCAAGUUAGAACACAGAAAAAAACUUGUAUUUAGCUUUAGUGAGUUUUAAAAUUAAUGGGUUUUGGAAUGUAGAAUUUAUUAGUAGCUUGAAAGAUCUCAAUCAUAUGCAAUAAGUAUUUUUAUUGCCAAUAAAUUUAAAUUCUUUUAAGAAAAAAAUAUUUUUAUCCUAGGGCCAAUUGUUGCCUACCACCAAGCAGUCACUAAGUUGGUCUAUAGCAACUUUUUCCAUAUUUGUUUUUCCAUCUAAGAGCUGUCAUUUAUAAAAAUACACUCUGAAUAGAAAUUCAUUCUUCAGUAGGUAUUAGUAUUUGCUUUCAUUUAGUCUUUUCCUUUUAUGAACUCUAUCUCAAGGAAUUUCUAUUGGAGAUUGAAAGAUGCUGUAGUUGGAAAUUAACAAGAUGUUUUAAAUUGCUUUUAUGAAAUGUAGUAUUAGGUAAUAGUAUGGAUUUUCUUUCAAAAAUGAACACAUAUAUCUCUACAAAAAUAUGGAGUAUAAUUUGAAAGUCUAUUCUGAGGAAAAUGUUGGGAUUAUUACCCUAAAGUGGCACAUGAGUAUAUUUGACUAAAUAAUAAUAAAAAAAAUAGUUCUAUGGAAUCUAUUUUAGUUGUCAAACAUUUCAAAUACUACCGUAUUUGUGAUUUAUUGAAAAUUAAAAUUAAUUUCAAAGUAGAAAAUUCUCAUUAUUCUGAGAAUUUUUAAAAAAUGAGUUAGAAGAUAUUAAAACCAUUUGCCAUAGUUGAGAAAUAUUGAUACUGAUAUUGGUUUCUUUUUUAGGGUAUUCAUUUUGGAAUUGGUAUUUUGAGAAAAUUUGUGUGAGGGUCACUUUUUUCAUUUUCCUUUCUUUUAUGAUCAAUUAUCAAAAAUUCUGAUCAAUUCUUUGUCAUUGUAAAAGGUAAACAAAUUAGAAUGUCAUUGCCACAUUUAUGCCUGUGUUAUGAAAUUACUUAUUCAUAAUUAAUUCUCGUGAAUAUCAUAUUUAUAUUUAUAUAAAGAGAAAAUCCAAGUGUUGAUAAAAGAGAGUAUAUUGGCUUCUUUAAGAGAGCUGAGAAAGAUUUUUGAUAUUGAAUCAUGACCCUAAGAAGAGAUUUAUGGGGCACAUUUAUAGUAUAUAGCAAAUCAGCUAGUUUUUGUAAAGCAAACAGAAUGUGAAGUUGAUAUACGUUACUCUGUUGAUGAGCCGGAUGGACAAGAAGAGGUUGUUGUUAUACCUGUGGUGUGGCCAUUGCCUAUCUCAGUGUCAGCUUGUUUGUACUCUUGGAUAAAUUGCAUAGCUAGUAAUUUGAUAAAUAACAACAAAAAAAUCUGAUAAAUUAAUUAUGGGAUCCAAAAAGUAAAUGAAAUUAAUUAAUAUAUCUGUGCUUUGGAAAAAUUUCCUUUUAACCUGUCGAAUGAUGAGUUUGAACAAUGAACUUUUGGAUAUGCAGCAUGGAAUAUGUUCUUGUAUUUUAUUGUAAUUUCUGAUACCUAAUGAACUUCUUGGAAAAGGUGUUGAAUCUUUGGUGGUUUUCGUUGUCAUUGUUAUCAAGUGCAAUAUAACAAUGUAACCAAACCUAGCUAAUAUCAAAUUUAUCAUUAAUUUAGUAAGCCUAAAGAGCAGAGAUUUAGUAGUAUUUCUGUUAGUGGGAAAGAAUGUUUCUGCUGUGGAUGUACAAAGAAGUUAUUUGCCCUUAAACACUCCAUUCUAUGGUUUAUUUCAGGCUGAAUAUGAACUGUUCCUUACCAGCUUUGAAACACUUUGAAAUAUCUUAAGGUAACUUGGAAGCUGUAUAUAUUAAAAUAAUUUGCUACCUAAGUAACACAGAAAGUAAUCAUCUUUAUUUAGCUUCUCUUGUGAUCACCCACAUUGGGUGAGACAUGAAAUGAGUUUUUUCCUCAAAUCUGUCAUUUGCUAACUUGGUUUGAGUUAGUGAAAGCUGAUACAGUGUUCUGCUUAGUUUCCCAUGUGUACCUUGUGACUGUACAAUAAACUUGAGCGUAUGGUGCCA